AUGGACACUCCCAAGGUCAAGAACAUGAAACUCUUAGGACAGGAAGUUAUGAGUCCUGAAUUAUCCAAUCUCCUCACCGAAAAGCUCCUGUCAAGCAUAAUGGAUAAACCACAAAUAGAAGAUUUAGAAGACGAAAGAUACAUUCAUGUUAACACGAGAUCGCAAUCAAGGUUUGCAGUACCUGUAAACCCUAAUGAAGUUAUGUCUAUUGAGUUUCAUCCAUCCGGCAAAUUCUUAGCUUACGGUAGGAUCGAUGGCUCUUUGACCAUCUGGAUUUUAGACAGUUCGUCAUAUGCAAAAGCCAGAAAAAUAUAUUUAGCAGAUGCUAUUGAUAUCGAUAAAAUGGUGUAUUCAUUGAGUUGGAACGCUAAUGAGACAAGCCAGUUCGCUACCGUUGCAAACACAUCGGAAAUUUUCAUAUGGGGAAUAGAUGAGGGAAAGAGAAGCUUAACGAAGUUACGAACACUUACGGUUGGCUCCAAAGUAAAGCUUUUUAAAUGCUUUUACGAUCCCAUGGGCAAUUGGCUUCUGGCAGUUACCAAAUCUGAGGAGUUAUACCUUUUCAAUGUGAGGUCAGAUCACGAAAUGCAUUCAACUUUUGAUGUCAAGGCAAUUGUACCAGAUGAUUCUAUAUAUUGUGUUAGCUGGAAUAACAGUGGCUCUCACAUUUUCCUAGGCUUGAAGAGUGGAAAACUGGUGGUUCUGGAAUUAGAUGAGACAGAAGGAAUUUCUGUCAAAAGUAUUUUGUCCUCCCAUAGAGCAUCAUUAAAUUGUGUGAAAAUGGAUCCAUGGGGUAGAUAUGUAGUAACUGGAAGUACGGACGGUACGUGCUGUAUUUGGGACUUGAAAACAUUGUGCUGUGAAUUAUGUAUUGAUGAAUUUGAUUGUUCUGUUUCUCAAGUUGACAUAGAUGCACUAGGCAAAAUCUUAGCUAUUUGUACCACAGAUGGCGUAGUACGAUUUUAUGAUAUAAAUUCUGGUCAUUUGUUCCUCCAGCAAAAAAUCAAGAAUUCAAACUCAGAUGUAAUUUUGUUAUUCAAGCCCGAUAGUACAGAUUUAAUUAUUUCUGGUAAACAAGAUAUAUUACAAAGCCAUUUUACCCCUAACCACUACCAUGACGUUUUAUCUCUAUGGAAAACAGUGCACGAAAAAUCACGUAGUACUUCUCGAAACAAAAAUAAUAUAAGCAGUACCAUAAACAACCCAGAUAAUACCAGGAGACCAAAUAAGAGGGUAAGAGACCAUGAUAGAAUAACAAAUAACUCUAAAAGAGAAAGAGUCUCUCAAAGGACUAGCAGAUUCACAGACAAGCGACAAUAG